AUGUGGUUCUUGGGCCUACUAUCAUGUGGCCUCCUAUCUUUCUUGAACCAAUUUUUCUCUUAUCGGACCGAACCACUUAUCAUAACCCAAAUCACCGUCCAAGUGGCCGUUCUACCUAUAGGCCACUUCUUGGCCGCCGUACUUCCGACGGCCAAGUUCAGAAUACCGGGGUUCGGAUCGAGACUGUUCUCUCUGAACCCGAGUCCUUUCAACAUGAAGGAGCAUGUCCUCAUCUCUAUCUUUGCUAAUGCUGGAAGUGCUUUUGGUAAUGGAUCAGCCUACGCCGUUAUGAUUAUUGACAUUAUCAAAGCAUUUUAUCGCCGGAAAAUUUCAUUUUUUGCCGGAUGGUUACUGAUCAUAACUACACAGGUGUUGGGGUACGGUUGGGCGGGGCUGUUGAGGAAAUAUGUGGUGGAGCCGGCACACAUGUGGUGGCCGAGCACUCUGGUUCAGGUCUCACUUUUCAGAUACAAGGGUGCAUACCGUACUCAGGAAGUAGCCAUCAAAGUCCUGAAGUCUGAGUGUGGAAGUUCAGACAUGCAGAGACAGUUUUCACAAGAAGUGUAUAUUAUGAGGAAAGUUCGACACAAGAUUGUUGUACAAUUCAUGGGUGAUUGUACCAAACCUGCAAGUUUGUGUAUUGUAACAGAAUAUAUGUCUGGUGGAAAUGUAUAUGACUAUCUACUCAAGCAAAAGUGUACUUUUAGGCUUCCAUCUUUACUAAAAGUAGCGAUCUUAUCCAAGGGAAUGACCUACUUGCACCAGAAUAAUAUAAUCCACAGGUAG